UUGGAGGUUAUGUUUACCUGUAUUGUUGUGAUGGGAAUUUAUUUGUUUUAGGUCUUAAUCAAUUAAUUACCAUUGGUUCAAUUUAAUUAUCUUAUAUUAAAUGAAUUUACAAGGCUGGGCAAUUUUUUUCACAUAGAUUUAUUUUAAACUCAUAAAAAUAAAGUACUGCACUGUGCCAGUGAUAUAAUUUUCAAAUAAAUCAUACAUAAACAUCAUCUGAUCUCAUCAGCAUUAGAAGUAUUAGGAAAAUGGCUAUAUUAUCAAUAGUAAAAUUGUUCCGUAGCAGAGCAUUGAAGAACUUAAGACUAUUUUCAUCAUCCAUCUCUCCAGACAUAGAUUUAGAGUAUUUCUGCAACUCAAAGAACACUGAUGAAAUUAAUAGAAAUAUUUCGUUACGAAAAGGUGUCGGAGACAUUCAACGUGUUUUAGAUAUUUAUAACACCCUUUCUUCAACAACAGUGACUGAUAUAAAGUAUAAUCAGAUAAAGGAAGAGCUGUCUAAGGAACUACAGAAAUUGCCAAACCGAACUCACCCGAAAGUCCAACAGUAUGAAGAAGAAUGCCAAGUGAUAAAGAAAAUUAAUGAAAAGAAAGACUUUAGCCAACAUCCAGCAUUGGAGUUUAGUGAUAUUACUAGAAGACUUAAUUUAAUGAGGACUGACAAGUUAGGGCACACUUGUGGGCACAAAAGUUAUUAUUUCCUGGGUGAAUUGGCAGAGCUAGAGGAAGCUUUGAUUAAGUACACAGUCACCACUAUACUGAAGAAGGGGUUCCAGCUUGUAUCUGUGCCAGAUAUAUUACCUAGUAAAAUUAUUGAGAGUUGUGGCAUGGCAGUUAAUAAUGAUAGAACACAGAUAUACUCCUUAGACCCAGUGCACCACGGGCCAGACUUAUUGCUGUCAGGUACGGCAGAGAUGUCUCUGGCGGGCCUCCUCAUGAACUCCCUCCACUCUCACAGCCGCCUGCCUCUGAAGCUGGCAGCCGUCAGUCGCUGCUACAGAGCUGAGACCUCCAAUGUGUUGGAGGAGAGAGGAAUUUACAGAGUACACCAGUUCACAAAAGUGGAGAUGUUUGUGGUGAGCCCGGCCGAGGACUCUGACAGCAUACUGGAGUACUUGAGGGAGAUGCAGGAGAGCCUGUUUGCUCCCCUCGGCAUCCACCUGCAGGUCUUGGACAUGCCGCCUCAUGAGUUAGGGGCACCAGCAUAUAGAAAAUAUGAUAUUGAAGCCUGGAUGCCAGGACGAAAAAACUAUGGUGAAAUUUCUAGCUGCAGUAACUGCACAGACUACCAGUCCCGGAGGCUCCACAUCAAGUACACAGACUCAAAUGGCUCCACAAAAUAUGCCCACACCCUGAAUGGAACAGCCUGCGCUGUACCCAGGAUGCUUAUAGCCCUACUAGAGACACAUCAGGACCCAAAAGGAAAAAUAUGGAUACCAGAAGUACUGCAACCAUUCAUGAAUGGAAAGAAAUUUAUAGCAAAGAACACCCAAGUUCCUGAACUAAAAUUGAGUAAAAUUAAGAAAUAAAAACAGUUGUAAAUAG